AUUCACUAUUUUGGUUUUGUAUUUGGGUGAGUUUUGAAAGAUCAUUUUAAAGCACACCACACAUAAGCUAUACAACUGUUUACUGAUAAAAUAUGCUCAUAAUAUAUAUAUAGUUUCAUCUAAACAUUCAUUGCACAUUUAAACAUUUGUUAUUGUCUUUUAAUGUUUUCAACCAAGUGUUGGCAAGAUGAUAUAUAAAAAAGAGCAAAUGACUUCGCUAAAAUUUCGGUAACUAUUGCCAACUAAAAGUAAAGGAUGAUAAAAACGUAAGAGUUUGUCAGGUAAGUGUAGAGUGUAGACCAUCUAAUUUUCCUUUAGACAAGAUUAAUAUGACAUGUUUUUUAUAAAUAUAAAAGUUUUGCAUAGUUUUAUUGCCAUGAUCAAGAUAAAAUCAUCAAUAUAUAAAUUGCGACUAAUCACAAACCAAAUAUUAGUUUAACAAUAUAAGCUAUAGGUUUAUUAAUCAUACAAUAUUAAAUUAAAUUAUAUUAGUUAUAUGAAUUGCUAAGACGAGACUCCAUUAGUAUUAUAUAAUUGGAUCUCACCCGUCCAAUGAGAAAUCUAAGGGCCGAAAUCAAUGGAGACCAUCACAAGUGAUUUUGGUCUGUUCAUUUCCUCCCGUCAGCAGUCUCCCCUAAAACCCUCGCCGUCGAGCUCCCGGCUCCGCCGCCGUCGCCAUCGCCGUCCGGUAAGACAAUUGAGUGAUGGCUUUGGCUCGCCUCGGGCAGUCUCUUGCCCGCCUCCCCCAGCGCCCUCUCUACCUCCCUCCGACGCCGCCGCUCCUCCUCAAAGAUUACCAUGCCUCCGUUGUACGAUCCUUAGCUGAGACCCACACAGGCGCAUGCUUAAGAGGUUUUGCAAGCCUGACAUACAAUGCCAGCAGCAUGAUUGGCCACAAGCUUGGCGGGCCAUCGCCAGUCCACAUUGUGAAGGCUCUGGAUCUUUUUGUCCAUCUGGAUCAUACUAGACUGAUGUCAACAGCAGCAGCAUCACAGCAAAACUUGCCGUCUGCUGGUGCCCGAAAGGUUAGUCGGAAGAUUGUCAUGAUGAGUCCUGGUUUUGUAUAUGAGCCGUACAGCCCUCGGGAGCGCAUUCCCUUCUGGAAAAGAUGGUUCACAUUAAGUGGCUGGAGAAGGACAAAGGAGGAUGUCAUUUUGGAGAUGAAGAACGCAUAUGCUGUAUCAAGGUUGAGGAAGAAAACUGGGUAUACCAAAAAGCAAUUCUAUGAUCAAGCAUUAAACAUAUACAAGGAGGUUAACACUCUAAUGGCACAUGGAGACGCGCCGGCACUCCGGAAAAUUCUGACAGAGAGGAUGCAUUCUACUAUAAAAAAUGAACUAAAGAGAAGGCAAUCCAAGUGGAGUUCUGUACAUUGGGAACUGGUGGAGCCUGCCGUGAGUAUCAGAACUUUGAGGGCUCGCAUGAUUGGCCUCGAUAAGAAAGACCUGGAUAAAGGUUUUGUACAGCUUACACUUGAGUUCGUCACCAAACAGAAAUUUGAAGCCUAUAAUUCAAAGGGUGAGGUUGUGUCUGGAGACAAGUCAAAGGAGGUACUCGUGAAAGACAUAUGGGUGUUUGAGAGAUCACUUUUUCAUCCUGGAGCAUAUUGGCGUGUAUGCGGAAGGAUUACUCUGUAAUAGUAUCUGUUUGGCAAGGACAUUUCCGUUCUGAAUGAGCUGAACGGAUCAUUUUGGUUGCACAAAUGGUUCUCAAUAAAUUUUUGCCCUAAGCUAUUAUUUCUCUCCAGUCUAACUGAUGUCUAACAGGAUCGUCAGACACAGAUAUAGUGGUAGUCUUUAUAUUUUGUUCUCUUUCUUUAUGAUUUUACUAGCAUAAAACAGUGUUGUCUUCACGCUUUUGUUAGAGAACUACCUUGGGUGCGCACUGACCCCUUUGAAAGGACCAUCCAAUGUAGCAACAAAGUUCGUGCAAUAUGAGGUGACGUUGUCACAAGUAAA